AAUGGAUCAAUAUACAAUUCUCGAGAAUAUUGGUGAAGGUGCUCAUGGUCUCGUUUAUAAAGCAAAGCAUAUUGAGUCAGGGGAGGUAGUAGCAAUAAAGAAAGUAUCCUUGCCAAAAUUGGAUAGUGGUAUACCAAAUACGGCUCUCCGAGAAAUAAAAACUCUUCAGGAAAUAGAAGAAAACGAUUAUGUAGUUAAAUUAAGAGAUGUCUUUCCUCAUAGUACAAGUCUUGUCUUAGUGUUCGAUUAUAUGCUUUCGGAUUUAUCUGAAGUAAUUCGUAAUACAGAAAGGCCAUUAACAGAGAGUCAAAUAAAGAGUUAUAUUCUGAUGCUACUAAAAGGUGUUGCCUUUUGUCACGAAAACAACAUAAUGCAUAGGGAUUUAAAACCAGCAAAUUUACUAAUAAGCGAAACAGGACAUUUAAAAUUAGCUGAUUUUGGAUUAGCCAGAUUAUUUAGAAAUGAUGGUAGAUUAUACAGUCAUCAAGUGGCUACGAGGUGGUAUAGAGCUCCUGAAUUGUUAUAUGGCGCAAAAAAUUAUGAUGAAGGCGUUGAUUUAUGGGCUGUUGGUUGUAUAUUUGGAGAAUUAUUAAAUAAUUCACCUUUAUUUCCACUUGAAACUGAUAUUCCUCAAUUAUGUAGAGUAACUCAGGUUCUUGGAACGCCUUCUGAAAGCAAUUGGCCAGGUGUUACCGAAUUACCUGACUAUCAUAAGAUUUCGUUUGAACCUCAAGCUCCUAUACCAUUAGAAGAAAUUGUACCUGACGCCUCUCCUUUAGCAGUUGAUCUACUGAAAAAAUUUCUCGUCUAUUCAUCUAAAAGAAGAAUUUCUGCAAAAGAGGCUCUCUUACAUCCAUAUUUCUUUACUGAGCCAUUACCAGCUCAUCAUUCUGAAUUACCUAUUCCACCGAGGUCAAGUAAAAAAUUACGUCAUAUGCAUCAAGCCCGCGACUAUGAUAUAGAGUAUUCACUGGAAAAAUCUCUAAUAGAUCCAAAAAAAUUAUCUGAAUUCUCACUGCAAGAGUCUUAA